AUGGCUUUUCAAGUGAAUUGCUCUACAGAGAGUCGGCCUUCUCUCUCGGAAAACAUAGAUCGUUUUACGACUAGGUUCUCUUCUAGUUACAAGCCACUACUGAAAGAGUUGCAGCAACUUCCUGCGCAACGUGAGGUUUUCAAAAACAUCAAGAAUGCUUCUGCCAAACUCUUGGAUGCAUUUGUCGAUUCGACGUUUAAGUUUUCUGACCAGCGCGUUCUUCCUUCUCAGAGUAACUUUCUGCCAGUCGAUGAAUUGAACGAAACUUUUGUUAUCAUCAGCAUUGAAGGCAAAAUCCCAGAUGAUUUUCCUGAAGGAGUCUUCAUAAGAAAUGGUCCAAAUCCUCUAUUUGGAGGUCUAAAAUCUACGACAUCCAUAUUUGGAAAGACAGGGCACAUUUGGAUUGAAGGAGAAGGAAUGCUUCAUGCUUUAUACUUCGAUAAAGACAGUGAUGGUGGGAGCAGGACUGUCCUCUACAAAAAUAAACAUGUUGAAACCGAAACAUUCAAGGUUGAAAAACGAAGAAACAAGCCAUCAUUCAUUCCAGCUAUAGAUGGCAGUCCGCCAGCCAUUUUCUUAGCAUACAUGUUUAAUAUGCUGCGAUUUGGAAAGGUCAACAAAGACCUUAGCAACACCAAUGUUUUCGAGCAUUCAGGGAAGUUCUACUCAAUUUCUGAAAAUCACCUUCCUCAAGAGAUUGAUAUCUUUUCCCUUCAGAAUCUAGGCGAUUGGGAUAUCAAUGGAACCUGGCAUCGACCUUUCACCGCCCACCCAAAGACAGCACCAGGUACUGGAGAGUUGGUUGUAUUUGGGGUGGACGCAAUAAAACCUUACUUGGAAGUGGGAGUUGUUUCUGCUGAUGGAAAGAGACUAGUUCACAAGGCUGAUCUCAAGCUCGAUAGGUGCACCCUUCUUCACGACAUAGGGGUCACAGAGAGGUAUAAUGUGAUCUUUGAUUUGCCUCUAACAAUAGACAUACUGAGACUAAUCAAAGGAGGCCCAUUAUUAAAGUAUGAGAAAGAAAAGUAUGCAAGAAUUGGGGUAAUGCCCCGGUAUGGCGAUGCGGAAUCAACCCGCUGGUUUGAGGUCGAACCAAAUUGCACAUUUCACAUUCUCAAUUGUUUCGAGGAAGGAGAUGAGGUUGUAGUGUGGGGAUGCAGGUCCCUUGACUCAAUCAUAUCAGAAUCUUAUGGUAUGGAUUUGGACAAAUCUGAGUGGAUUUCAGGAAGACUUAGGAGUAAAGGACCUGUUCAACAAUAUACUACAUUUUCGUCGAACGAUGAAUUAUUGUUCAGCCGAUUCUAUGAAUGGAGGUUAAACAUGAAGACCGGAGAGGUUACGGAGGGAAACCUCACGGGAACUAAAUUCUCUUUGGAGUUUCCUAUGAUCAAUCCAAGUUUCAGUGGCUUCAAAAAUAAAUAUGGCUACACCCAGAUGGUCCAUGAACCGGCAAGUAUUUCAUCAGGAAUGCCAAAAUUUGGAGGUCUAGCCAAGUUGUACUUCGAUGAAACUUCGAGUAAGCAAUCGGAAGGGCAUAUAAAGGUGGAAUACCAUGAAUUCGAGGGAAACACCUUCUGCACUGGAUCUGCCUUUGUCCCUAAAGAAGGAGGUCUAGAAGAAGAUGAUGGCUGGAUCAUCACUUUUGUUCAUGAUGAAGACACUAAUACAUCCAAAGUUUACAUAAUUGACACAAAGAACUUCACAAGUGAGCCUGUUGCCAAAAUUACAUUGCCAUGCAGAGUCCCAUAUGGAUUUCAUGGAGCAUUUAUGCCGGUCCCAAUCCACAAGUAAUUAAUUGACCCAUCAUUUAUGUCAGAGAUACAUUUAUGCAAACUGUAAAAUUAAUAAAAAAACAGUACUAAAAAAUAGAA